GGGCAAGCUACCAAUUGAACUGUAUUUAAGGUUAUGAAUGUCUACCCCGGCCUUCACAGCAAAUACUCUUACCCCAACAAGACAUACACACCUCCGUGAACACUCUCAAAUCCACCACGCCAUCCCAACCAGCCAUCCAUAAUGACCGAGCCCAGCAUGGUCGACGUGCCCGCCUCAUACAUCUCGUACGCAACCCCAACUCCAACACCCAGCCCCCUGAAACAGCACAAACCCUGACCCCAACGCUACCCAGAAACCACCCAUCGACCCCGCACCUAGCCAACCUGAACCAAUACCGCAACCUCUACCAAGAAUCGGUGCGCGACCCCGACCACUUCUGGCGGGCGAUGGCCACCUCCGCCCUGCACUGGGACCGGCCCUUCCACACGACGCGCCACGGAUCCCUCGAGGCCGGCGACCAGGCGUGGUUCCUCGGGGGCCGGCUGAACGCCAGCUACAAUUGCGUGGACCGGCACGCGCUCGCGACCCCGGACAAGCCCGCCCUCCUCUACGAGCCCGACACUCCGACCCGCAACCAGCCGCAGCCGCAGCAGAUCACCUACGCCGAGCUCUUGCGGGAGGUCUGUCGCCUGGCGUGGGUGCUACGGGAUCUGGGCGUCCGCAAAGGCGAGAUCGUGACCAUCUACAUGCCCAACAUCCCCGAGGCCGUGGUCGCCAUGCUGGCCUGCGCGCGCAUCGGCGCCGUGCACUCCGUCGUCUUUGCGGGGUUCUCGGCCCCCGCGCUACGGGGACGGCUGCAGGAUGCGCGGUCGCGCGUGAUUCUGACGGUGGACGAGGGCGUGCGCGGGGGCAAGACCGUGCCGAUGAAGCGGGUUGUUGAGGAUGCGGUCGUGGGUUUACGAUAUGGUGGUGAGGAGGCUGACGGCAAGUGCCAGUGCCUCGUCCUCCGGAAGACCGGCAGCCCGGUGCCCUGGUGCCAGCAGACACAGGAUGCGUGGUGGCACGAGGAGUGUGCGCGGUGGCCCGGCUAUUACGCGCCCGAGGCGAUGGACGCCGAGGAUCCGCUGUUCCUGCUGUAUACCUCCGGGUCGACGGGGAAGCCCAAGGGCCUGCUGCACUCGACGGCGGGCUAUCUGCUGGGCUGCGCGGUGUCCGGGAAGUACGUGCUGGAUCUGCACCCGGCCGACACCAUGUUCUGCGCCGGCGAUGUCGGCUGGAUCACCGGCCACAGCUACAGCGUCUACACGCCCCUGGUCCUGGGGCUCGCCACCGUGCUCUUCGACGGGACUCCGUCCUUCCCCACCUGUGCCCGGUAUUGGGACAUCCUCGCGCGCACCCGGGCGACGCACUUCUACACAGCCCCGACCGCCCUGCGGUUGAUCAAGAAGGGCAACGGGAACGCGUACGCCGCGGCGGAGUCGCACAACCUGGAGCGGCUCCGGGUGGUGGCUUCCAUCGGGGAGCCCUUGGCCGCCAAUGUCUGGCAGUGGUGUCAUGACACCCUUGGUGGCCAGGUGCAUGUGCUGGAUACCUACUUCCAAACCGAAACAGGCUGCCAUGCUUUCGCCCCUCUGGCCGGGGUUACCCCGACCAAACCCGGCUACGUGGCGCUGCCAUUUCUCGGCUUCAAGCCCAUUCUGCUGGAUCCGGUCUCCGGGGCCGAGAUUCGCGAGAGUGGGACCGAAGGCUUGCUGGCGUUCGAUCAACCGUGGCCCAGCAUUGCCCGCACGGUAUGGGGCGACCAUGCCCGGUACAUGCAGACUUACUUCGAGCAGCAUAAGGGAUACUUUACAACAGGAGACGCCGCCAUCCGAGACCGCAACGGAUACUUCAAAGUCCUGGGCCGGGUGGACGAUGUGGUCAAUGUAUCGGGCCAUCGACUCUCCACCGGCGAAAUAGAGUCCGCUCUCUUGAAUCAUGGCGCCUUCGCCGAAGUUGCCGUCGUGGGGACCGAGGAUGAGCUGACCGGACAAGCAUUGGUCGUCUUCGCAUGCCUAAAGAAUGACCUAGAAGAUGAGAAGACUAAGUCACAGCUCCGACAGUCGGCCCAGCAGCACAUUGGGAAAUGCAUCGGGCGCUUUGCCGUGCCUCGAAAGGUGUUUCUGGUCGAUGAUCUGCCCAAGACACGAUCCGGCAAGAUCAUGCGACGGAUUCUGAGGAAGAUCCUGGAGGGCGAAGAGAAAGAGUUUGGCGAUCUGUCCACGGUAAAUAUUCCUGCCCCUUGGCAAUGCAGAGAUGCAAGCGUUAUGUCGGGACAAAACGACGUGCUGACCAAAGCGACCUUCCG